CUCCUUUCCUUACUCCCAUCCUCCUGUCCCCCCACACACCCACACACACUCCGACCGAGCAGUCAUCCAAUCGCACUUGUUUGUGUUUUGCUGCUCCAGUCCCUCUUUCUUCUCUCUCUCUCUCUCUCUCUCUCCCCGCUCCACUCCUCACCUCGGCUGAUGCUAUGGAUGGUCUGCAGCCGCAAUGUAUAAGCUGGAUCCAGACGCUGCUUGGCGAAUGUGUAACCACUCGGCAGCAGGCUUGGAGUCUUGUCUUGGGAUACGUAUCCAUAUUCUGCUGGCUCAAUGCACAGAUUCCUCAGAUCAUCGAAAAUUUCAAGCUGAGCUCUGCAGCAUCACUUUCGCUGCCCUUUUUGGUUAAUUGGCUUCUCGGGGAUUUCAGCAAUCUCAUCGGAUGCAUCCUCACCCGUCAGCUUCCCUUUCAGAUGUAUCUGGCUGUGUACUUUUGCAUCGCAGACGUGAUUCUCUUUGGACAAUGGAUCUAUUAUUCGCGACGAGAGUAUCGCAUACGGUCCUUCCCUGAUAUUGUGGUCGCGAAUGCACCAGAGACUGCAGAAGCAGACCAUUCUAUCCAUCACCACCAUCAUCAUCACCACCACCGUCGAUCAGAGUCCCAUCCAACCCACCUUAGUCGGAAUAUCGCAACAGAAUCGAUUGCUACUUUACCACAUGAUGAUCUGUCAGAGGCUGGAGCCGGUGCUGUUAUUCCGAUAAAUGAUAAUGAACAAGGGGAAGCGCUCUCGCCACUUCUGCAGAGACCACGUACUCGCCGCUUGGCUACCACGUCGGACAUAGCUCAUCGAAGGAGUACGUCGAUGGUCCUGUUCGGAUUAAUAUUGUUGACCAUGAGACAAACAAUGCCAGCACUGCAGGAACAGACACCCUAUGCACUGCUCGAUCGCGGUCAUGCGCGCUCUGGCACAUCCAUGGUGAUCGGUCGUGUGUUUGCCAGAGGCCUCGACGGAGACCAAGGACUUGGAACCGAUUCUGCCCCACCUGCGGAUCAAAAUAUAAUUCAACUGGGGCGUAUCUUUGCAUGGGUUUGUACAGUCUUUUACCUAUCCAGUCGUAUGCCUCAACUCUGGAAAAAUUUCCAAAGGAAAUCUGUCCAAGGCUUGUCAAUCCUGAUGUUCUUUUGGGCAGCUAUGGGUAACCUGACCUAUACACUCUCAAUCCUCAACUCAGCCGACGCUGCCAACCCAGAGACUCGACAGAAAUUCCUCCGCGAGGCCGUGCCUUACGUCCUUGGGUCUUCAGGGACGCUGAUGUUCGAUCUCUCCAUCUUUUUUCAAUGGCUCUACUAUACGGGCAAGCUUUACGUGCUUGGUAUUGGUCCAAAAUCGCAUGCUCGUCGUCGACAUAGACAUCAUCAUUCUCGACAGCACAGUAGCCGCUCUCAAUCUAGAGUCGAAAGCAUGAUUCUAUCGCCCUCUGGAAGCCAUUCUGGGUUGUACAGCGUCCUGGUAGACGAAGAGGACCCGGGGCCUAUGACGGAUCGGCAUCUAACUGCUCAGAUACCUUCACAUGAGGGACAUGCAAUUGAUGAUCGUGCACCCUCCCAGCCAACCAACUAAAUAUUCCAAUAAACAACACUGGCGUGUAGCGUGGUGUCAAGAUUGCUAUUUCGAUCCGAUACAGAGC